ACCUUGGAAUCUACUAGAAAGAGCUUGUUCGAUCAACCCUCCACAACACUUCGUCGACAAUAUUGGAAAUCGUGAAUUCAUGCGUGAGGUGGACAUCUCCAGCGCUCAAACACCGCUCUCACCAACAGUCUGGAGAUAUCUGGUGGUAGUAGACAGCCGACAAUCGGAUUACUCUUCCAUUGAUAUAACCAAGUUAGCUGAUAAGGCUGCCUCGGACUACGAUAAUACACCUUACUACAUCACAGCCUCACUGUCGCCUGAACAAGUGCACGAAAAUAUUGAAUUCAGACUCGGCGAUGGCGUCGUGCAUGGCGGAUACCUGAAUUAUCCUCUCAAAGAAAGUCAAACUGAUCCCAGAUGGACGCUAGUUCCUAUGUCACAGAUGGAAAACGAGAUUCUUGAACCUCGUUUGAAAACAUGCGGAUUCACUGAAGAAGGUAAUUUCGAGUGCGACAUGCCGCUGGCAGAAUUCAUUUCAUACAUUCCACUCUGGAUCAAGACUGCGCUGGUAUUAUUCUUCUCGAUGAUCGUCUUCUGUUUCUGUAUAAUGCUUGCUUGCGGAUUGCGACGAUUUUGCGAGAACCCAAAUCAAACGAAAGAGUCGUCCAUCAUGUACUAUCACAACGAAUCUCCCAAUACUCAAGCUACGACUAGAGAGUAUCGCAAAGUGGAACGAAGAGAGUUCCGGCCGGCUGAUAUGGAGGCGCGAUUACGGUUCCUUGAAGAGUGA